CUGGGUUUUCUCCCCUAUGAACAGUCUUACUCAAUAUAUAUACUUUUAAGGUUCGCUCUCCACAUGCAGUCUUCAAAGCGAAGAGAGAAGCUCGGGAGUUAACAGUAGAUCAGGCAAGGUGUACAAUAGAUGGAAAUUGGUAAACCGUUGGAGCGGAUUGAUUGUUGCCGACUUUAAAAAAAAAGAUCAUCAGUUUAAGGUUGUAUCUGAACCACAGCUGCCAAAGCCAAACUCUGAUUCAUUAGAGGCUUUCCUGAUGGCAUCCAAUAUCACCACCACCACCACCACCUCCCAACCGUCCUCUAUAUCCAUCGGCGCCCAGGUUGGUAUCGCCAUCCUGACCCUGGCGUUUGUGCUGGGCUUCCCUGGGAACCUGUUUGUGGUUUGGUCGGUACUCUGCCGGGUGAAGAAGCGUUCAGUGACCUGUUUGUUGGUGCUGAAUGUGGCUAUGGCGGAUGCUUUUGUGCUGCUCAGCGCCCCUUUCUUCCUGCGCUAUCUGGCUGGCGGACGGGGCUGGGAGUUUGGCUCAGCCGCGUGCAAGCUAGUGCAUUACCUUUCAAGUGUGAACAUGUACGUGUCCAUUUACCUCAUCUGCCUGAUGAGCAUAGACCGCUGGCUGGCCGUAAGUAGGCCUUUUCUGUCCCAGAGAAUGAGAACCAAGCGCUCCCUGCUGAUUCUACUGCUGGUGGUCUGGGUGUUAGCGUUUAUCCUGUCCGUGCCGAUGCCUUUCUACCGAAGUAAUCUGUCCCCACCAAACAACACCUUGAAAUAUUGUGUCCCGUACCACUGGCAAAGCAAAGGUCACCGGGUCUUCCAGUACCUGUCUGAGACCAUCAUGGGCUGCCUGUUGCCUUUCUCCCUCAUCAUCACGUGUUAUUCCUCCGUUAUCUGCCGUCUGAAAAGUGCCAUGUUCCAGCACAGAGGACAAGGCAGCCGCCUCAUCCUGCUGAUCAUCUCUGCCUUUGCAGUGUUCUGGCUGCCCUAUCACUUCGUCAACAUCACAGAGGUGGUCGGUGUGUUGCAGGGCAGUGCUGCAGUGAUCAACGCCGCCCUUGCAGCCCGUCCAAAUGUCACGGCCUUUGCCUACUUCAGCAGCGCUGUCAACCCCAUUCUCUACGUGUUCGCCGGCAGCUCCCACAUCCGCCAGGCCGGCUUCAGCUUCAUGGGCAAGCUCUUUGAGACCACCAACUCAGAAAGCAGGAGCAUGUCUACCCGUAGCGGCCGCAUGAGUCGCAGCAGCUCUUCACCGGAUGAAAGCUCUGUCCUGCACACACUGUCGAUCAAACUGGGAAAUCCUUUCAAAGAUAAGAACAAGCCCAGGAGCAGCAGUGUGGCGGGCAAAGAGGUCGAUCAGCCUGUACUCAAGGUUUUAACCAGCGUUGAGAUGAUAGAAUAGUGCUUACAUGUUAAACCCAAGCUUUUUGGCCUUGAUUUUCCCAACCCAUUGAUUAGACACAGACUGUGUUGACUCGUAAUUUGCAUCAUCAAGCUUUACUUACAUGACUUUCAUAUCUGGGAAUACUUCAACUAUUGGAUGGAUAUCCAUGAAAUUUGUUACAAAA